AUGUCCGUCCUGAACAACGUCGGCUCGAAGCGCGAGAUCGAGCAAUACCUCGCGCAGUUCAGCUCCGUCUCGUCGCAGCAGUUCGCCGUGAUCAAAGUCGGCGGCGCCAUUCUGACGGACCACCUCAAGCAGCUCUGCGUCGACCUGCGCACCCUGCACCUCAUGGGGCUGUACCCGAUCGUCGUGCACGGCGCGGGGCCGCAGCUUAACAAGCUGCUGCAGGAGGCCGGCGUCGAGCCGGAGUAUGAGGAGGGGAUUCGGAUCACGGAUGCGAAGACGCUGGGGGUUGCGCGGAAGCUGUUCCUGGAGGAGAAUCUGAAGCUCGUCGAGGCGCUGAAUGACGUUGAUGUCAGGGCAAGGCCGGUCACGUCGGGGGUGCUGACGGCGGAUUAUCUGGAUAAGCCCAGGUACAAGUUUGUGGGCAAGAUCACGAAGGUUAACAAGCGGCCGAUUGAGAGUGCGAUUGCGAACAGGGAGGUCCCGGUGCUGACAUCCAUGGCGGAGAGCGAAGAGGGCCAGGUGCUGAAUGUGAAUGCGGAUGUGGCUGCUGGAGAGCUGGCACGCGCGCUGGAGCCGCAAAAGAUCAUCUAUCUUUCUGAGAAAGGCGGGCUGUUCCAUGGUGUGACGCACAAGAAGAUCUCGGCUAUCAACCUGGAUGAGGAGUAUGAGGGCUUGAUGAAGGAGUCGUGGGUCAAAUAUGGCACCAGGCUAAAGAUCAAGGAACUCAAGCAGCUGCUGGACGAUCUACCGAAGACCUCCAGUGUGGCAAUCGUACACCCGGAUCACCUGCUCAGGGAACUGUUCACGGACACUGGAGCGGGCACAUUGAUCAGGCGAGGCAACAAGCUCAGGACCGCGGAGAAGCUAGACGAUUUCGGCGACAUCCAGAAGCUCAAGCAAGUCCUGAUCCGAGAUUGCGCAAGCGUCAAUUCCGAGGAGGUCGUGGACCGCUACCUAGAGGACCUAUCACGGCGGCCCUUCAAAGCCUACUUUGACGACUCGAUGGAGGCUCUCGGCAUAGUCCUGCCUUCCGCCGACGACGUCAACAUGGCUCAGCUGGCAACAUUUACCGUCACGAAGUCCGGCUGGCUGUCCAACAUCGCCGACAACAUCUUCCAGAGCCUGAUGAAGGACUUCCCGAAACUCAUGUGGACGGUUAGCCAAGACGACGAGAACCUGACCUGGUUCUUUGACAAGGCUAGCGGAAGCUGGGCAAGGGGCAGCGAAAGGCUGUUCUGGUACGGCGAGGAUGACUUAACCCAAGUCAACAAGGGCAUCCAGGAGUUCCAGCACCACGGCCGCCAAAUGUUCGGUGGUCUCAACCUUGAGUCCCAGCUCGCUCGGGCCGCCGAAACUACUUCACGAAUACGAGAGAGCAGCUGGCAGCAGCGCCGAGCCUACUCGACCAUCACAGGCACCACAGCCCGCCCGACGUUCAGGUCUUCAACACUCCGCCGUCCCGUCCAAGCAAGGACCUACGCAACAACAACGAACCCCAACCCUCCCUACGGCAUCAAGCACAAAUCGCGCGACUGGCCCGCCAAAGUCGCCCUCAUCGGCGCACGCGGCUACACAGGCCAAGCGCUGAUCGACCUCCUAAACAAACACCCGAAUAUGGACCUCCGGCACGUCUCCUCGCGCGAGCUAGCCGGCAAGAAACUCCAAGGCUACACCAAGCGCGACAUCACCUACGAAAACCUGACGCCUGAGGACGUGCGCCGCAUGGCCGAGAAGGGGAACAUAGAUUGCUGGGUCAUGGCGCUGCCGAACGGCGUGUGUCGGCCUUAUGUCGAGGCUGUCGAUGCGGCCGGGAAGCGGGAUACUCUGAUUGUCGACCUCAGCGCGGAUUACAGGUUCGACGCCUCCUGGACCUACGGCCUCCCCGAGCUCGUCGACCGGCGCAAAAUCAGCGACGCCACCCGCAUCAGCAAUCCAGGCUGCUACGCGACAGCCGCGCAAAUCGGCAUCGCGCCCCUCCUCGACUACCUCGGCGGCCAGCCGACCGUCUUCGGCGUCAGCGGAUACAGCGGCGCGGGCACGAAGCCCUCGCCCAAAAACGACGUCGAGAACCUCACCAACAACCUCAUCCCCUACAGCCUGACCGACCACAUCCACGAGAAGGAGAUCUCGGCACAGCUCGGCACGGAGGUGGCCUUCAUCCCGCACGUCGCCGUGUGGUUCCAGGGCAUCCACCACACGAUCAACAUCCCGCUGAACCGGGAGAUGAGGGCCAGGGAUGUGAGGCAGCUGUACCAGGAUCGGUAUGCGGGGGAGAGGCUCAUCAAGGUCGUGGGUGAGAGUCCGGUCGUGAAGAACAUUUCGGGAAGACAUGGGGUUGAUGUUGGGGGUUUUGCGGUGCACUCGGGGGGCAGGAGGGUGGUGGUUAAUGCGACGAUUGAUAACCUGUUGAAGGGGGCUGCGACGCAGUGUUUGCAGAACAUGAAUCUCGCGCUAGGAUACGGAGAAUAUGAGGGCAUCCCACUGGAUUAG